AUGGAUAAGCUGAAGUCAUUAAAGACAAAAAGGACUCAACUAAGAAGGACUUUUACAAAGUGUAGUAAUGAAAUUGAUAAAUUACUGGCAGAGGAUAUUAAAGAUGAAGCAGCAAUUAAAAGUAAUCUAAGCAAGUUGCAAGAUAAAGCUGAUAGGCUUUUUAAGCUAGAUGAAGACAUCGAGGAAGCCUUGUUUGAAGAUCCUGCAACAACGGAAGAGGACUUAGAAGCUGAGUUUGAUACUACAGAAUCUUACAGAGACAUGUUAUCUUCAAUGAGAGCUAAGUAUGACCAUUUCAUUAUUCAGGUUGGCCUAAGCCAACAGUCAAGAAGUGAAGUCGGGGAUACCGUCCACAGUCUUAAAUUAGUAUCUAAGAAGGGGUUAAGUCUACCUAAAUUACAAUUAAACCAGUUUGAUGGAGAUGUAAAAAAUUGGAUAGGGUUUUGGGGGCAGUUUAAGAAGGUCCAUGAGGAUCCUGAUCUAGAACCUGAGGAUAAGUUCCAAUACCUCAUCCAAUCUUUAAAGCCAGGAUCAUCCCCUAGGGAAUUAGUAGAAAGUUUUCCCCCAUCUGGAACUAAUUAUGCAAAGGCCCUAGAGCAAUUAAAAGCAAGAUUUGGUAGGGAUGACUUUUUAAUAGAAGUAUAUGUGAGGGAACUGCUCAGUUUAGUGCUCCAACAAGUAACACUAAGUCCUAAUACCAAACUGUGCCGACUGUAUGACAAACUAGAAACACAGUUAAGGGCACUUGAAACUUUAGGAGUCACUUCAGACAAGUUUGCUUCAAUGCUGUAUCCUCUUGUAGAAUCUGCUUUGCCCGAAGAAAUAUUACGAGCCUGGGAGCGGCAUCAUUCAGGUAGGUUACUACACAUACCCUCAACUUCUACAUCGUCAGAUCUAGUAAUUUCUAGUAAUUUUCUAGAAGAACUUCUUGAUUUUCUAAAGGCUGAAGUGGAGAGUGAAGAGAGGCUGGCGCUUGCUCGUUCGAGUUUUAAAUCUGCCACUCCAGGAGACAAUCAUGGAAAAUGCAGCAGCCCCAGUAAAAUGUCAACGGUACACGAACCUCGUCAGAGUCAACCUGAUCAACCUGUAGCAGCUCUAUUGACAACUGGUACAGAGGGUCCUAGAAGGUUGGAAGCCGCUGGAUUGGAAAACCAUGAAACAGAAAUUUGAAAUCCAUCAAAUAACUUGGAAGUUCGAUCCUCCGAGUGUCCUAUGGUGGGGAGAUAUGUGGAAACAACAUGUG